GCGCCCCGGCUCCAGUGGACGCGCGUGUGUUUCGUGAGCGUGGACCCUCUUCUUGCGCGCGGAACAGAUGAAUGGAGCGCACGUGCUCCGCCGAUCACGUCACGAGCUCUCAGCUCAGCUGCGAGCCCGCGCGGGGAGGCGCGCGCUUCUCCACAAACUUGUCCGGAGGAAGACGCGGAGCGCGCGGCGCGCCAUGAACACGUCCGUGGGCCCGCCGCGGCUCGGUUCGGGCUCCGCGGACCACGAGCUGGUCAUCACGUCCACGUUCGGGACGCUCCUGUCCUUCGUGUACGUCGUGGGGGUGUCCGGGAACGUGUACACGCUCGUGGUGAUGUGCCACUCCAUCCGCUUCGCCACGUCCAUGUACAUCUCCAUCAUCAACCUGGCGCUCGCGGACCUGCUGUACCUGUCCACGAUCCCCUUCGUGGUGUCCACGUACUUCCUGAAGGACUGGUACUUCGGGGACGUGGGCUGCCGCAUCCUGCUGAGCCUGGACCUGCUCACCAUGCACGCCAGCAUCUUCACGCUCACCGUCAUGUGCACGGAGCGCUACCUGGCCGUGACGCAGCCGCUGGACACCGUGCGCCGCUCCAAGAGUUACCGCAAGGCUCUGGCGUGGGGGGUGUGGCUGCUGUCGCUCGUGCUGACCGUCCCCAUGAUGGUCAUGGUGGCGCAGACCACCAAGAGCACCCCGGACGGCGGCGUCAAGAGGAUGUGCGCGCCCACCUGGGCGCCGCUGGCGUACAAGGUCUACGUGACGGUCCUGUUCGGCACCAGCAUCAUGGCUCCGGGCUGCGUCAUCGGAUACCUGUACGUCCGGUUGGCGCGCACCUACCUGGAGUCCCAGCGGAACUCUGUGAUCAACAAGGGCGGGAAGCGCUCCCCGAAGCAGAAGGUUCUGAUCAUGAUCUUCACCAUCGUGCUGGUGUUCUGGGCCUGCUUCCUGCCCUUUUGGAUCUGGCAGCUGCUGCCGCUGUACCACAGCAAGCCGCUGCGCCUGGCCUCGCAGACGCACACCUGCAUCAACUACCUGGUGGCGAGUCUGACCUACAGCAACAGCUGCAUCAACCCCUUCCUCUACACGCUGCUCACCAAGAACUACCGCGAGUACCUGAAGAACCGACACCGGAGCUUCUACAAGUACACGUCCUCCUUCAAGAAGCGGCCGCCCAGCCUGCACUCCUGGGGCAAGUCCGCCUCCUCCAGCAACCAGUUCGACUUCAACUCGGAGACGCUGGCCAUGGGCACGCUCAGGUGACGAGGGCGCGCCGGGAAGGAGGCAGGUG